GUCCUUCAUACUGACCUUACUUACCCAUGAUACUCCUCACGCUGCUCGUCGCCCUCAUCGUCGUGGGAGCUACGCCCACGCCCCGCGCAUUUAUCCCGCCCGCCGCCUCCCUCGUCUCCAUCCACCCGCGCACACACCCCGACCGCUGCCUCGAAGUGAACGGCGUCGCCAACAUGCGCGAGGUGGUCAUCGCGCCCUGCUCCGACGCCCCCUCGCAGCAGUGGUACGUGUGGGCCGACGCGCCCACCUACAUCCUGAGCAGCGUCAACCAUAACCUCUGCCUCGACGCUGGCACGAACCCCCUCGCGGGCUACCAUCCGUCGAACGGGGCGAAUGCCAAGCUCAUGCUCUGCCCCUCCGACAACUGGCCGAGCCCGUACGACUCGCCAGACGGGCGCAAGUGGCGCUACAGGGGGCAGUUUACUCAGUUGAACAAUCACUUCUGCCUCGACCUGGCGGAUGGGAGUGUCAGCGGCAAAGUCCAGAUCUGGGACUGCCACACGACGUGCCACGCCGAUUACAACAACCAGGUGUGGGACUUCACGUAUCACUAGCGCGCAGCUCUAGCAGCGCAGACGAGAUGAGCCGCCUAGCCCAUCACGGGAAGGGUCUCAUCAGUGCUCCCGCACUCGCUGAAAUGGACAGUUCGGACUCUGUUGACUCUUUGUAUGCAUCCUUGUCCAGC